GAUGUUUUCCUCUACACGGUCUUGUGGAGACAUUUGUCACGGCCUGGUGUCUAUGUGGACUUGGCUGCACAUGACUUCCGAUACAUCAGCAACACGUACUUCGCGGACCACUGCUUGAAAUUUGAUGGUGUGUGCAUCGAGCCGAACACCGACUACCACAGCGAGCUGAUCAC